AUGACGAGUUGCUUAGACAGUUACUCUUUGAUGAUUGUAAGUACCUAUUUCAAACACCCCUCUGACUUUCUUAAUAUCAUCCAAACAAAUUCGAAACAUCGCGAGUUACUCGACAAGUUCCAUUACAACCCCAUUCCUCUCAAAACGCUCUCCCUCUUUCCCAACUUAUACACCCUUCACAUCUACAAUCAGACAGACCCGUUUUUGGACCAUGUCGGAAUAUACCACAUCGACUUCACAGUUUCCUUUGAAAAGUCGUUGUUUUAUAAACGAUUCUAUAACGUCAUUUUUUCUAAAAUCUGUUUCACCCAAAGUGACUCGUUUGUUUUUGGGAAGAUUUUUCGCGAGGGCAUCACCUCGUUUGGUGAGUGUGCGUUCUCGAUGUCGGACUUUGAGGUUUUGAAUUACGAGUUUUUAGAUGAGGGUUUGUACAAGGGUUUCCAAAAUUCGUGGGCCGUGGACAUUUUUCCGCGGAGUGUCCGAGUAUUUGGGAAACGGUGUUUUGAGAAUAGUCGGCGGUUAAGGGUUGUGAGAAUUCCGUCUUACGUUUUGGAGAUUGGGAAAUUUUGUUUUCAGAGUUGUUCGUCACUUGAAUAUGUUGAGGUAUCUUCGAACAUAACGAUAUUGCCCGAAAAGUGUUUUUAUCGGUGUUGUAAUUUGAAGAUUUUUGUUGUGGUGGAACAAGAAGAAAAAUACUCGAAUUUGCGGAUUGUAAAGGAACAAUGCUUUGAGAUGUGUUGUCAAUUGAGUUUAGUUAAGUUGAGUGUGUCGGUACAAAAGAUUGAAAAACGUGCUUUUGCGUGUUGCGAAAUGUUGAGGGAGAUUAAAAUUUGCGGAAAAACAGUUGUUGAUAAAGAUGCGUUUGGGGAAAGCAAAACGACGAACGUCGUUUUUGUGUAA